AUGGCCGUUCUGGGGCGGUCUGAUAUUGGUCCAUUCGUGGAGUUUGUGCAAAGGCAGAUGGACAUCCAACCCGGGCGCCAACAGGGCGCCGCGGAGUGCGUGAAGCAACUUCUGCACGUCACCGGCUUGGGGAAGCGCCACUGCGACAGCGAGUCGGCGAUCCGCGAUUACCACCUCAUUCUCACCGAAGUGCCAGACGUUGCCCAGGUCAGCGCGGCAGCCACGCCCAUCGACGCACAGACUCUCCUGCUCACUGCCGCGUCUGGUGAUGGCGCGCUGCGCGUCGGCUCGGAGGCGUUGGUCAUUCGCUUUGAGAACGCGUAUGAGCAGGGAGGCAAGCAAUUCUGGGUGGACGCGAAGGUGAAAUGGCCCUCCGGCCCCCUGACGCUGACGUUCGACAACGCUCGCGAGGAGGACGUGGAGUACGAUGUGCAGGGCUACAUCGUCCAUGUUCACGCGGGAUCAGAGAUUUCCCAAGGCAUGCGCUCGGGCCACUACAUCGCCUACUUCAAACACAGAAGCGCGUGGUAUUUGGCCGACGAUGCGACCGCGACGGAGCUCGGCGCGGCGCCCGCGGACUUCCCGUGCAUCGUGUUCCUGGCGCGCCGCGACCGACGUCAAUCAGAACAUGUGCAGAAAUUGCAGGAGCGGGCGCAGGGUGUGAAGAGGCUCCAGACGGAGGCGCCAAGGACCGACGAUUACAGCAGUAUGGGCCACCCGUACAGGCGCUUCUGCGAGAAUUAUGGCAGGUACCGCAAGUGCUCCGAGGAGCGCGGUGGCAUGCAGCGGUGCCGCAACGCGUAUCUGGCGCACAUCCAGCUGGCUCCUCGCGUCGUCUCCGGCCAGGAGUGGCGCGCAAUCGUCGCCAAUUUCGCAGAGUUCUUCGGCCGAUCUGCAACCGACUGGGAGAAACCUACCGAUCAGAUGGAGGCGAAGCUGCAGAGCGAGGAGGGCCUGCGCCCUGAAGAGCGCUGGCAACGACGCCACUUGCAGGCGUGCGUGUUCUGCGCCCGGUCCCACUGGGUGGAGGAGCUCCACAGAGAAUUCCCUGCUGGCAAGGACUACUUAAUGGAUAAUCCGGACGCCGUCUGGGAGCUGCUGGACGUCGAGGACUAUCACAAGAGGUGGCCGAAGAUCCCCCUGGAAGAGCUGGAGAGCUCAGCCGUCAUCGUCGCUGCAUCCGGAACCACCCAGGAGAAUGGGAAGACUGAGUACAGGGUGCUGCUGCACAAGCGCCGCGUCAGCCAGGAACAGGCAGCCUGGAGAGCGAGUGUCUACGUCUGUUCUGAGUGCAAAUGGGCUUUCGGAGGCCCUCGCCCGUUCCUCUGCAAGUAUGCUCUCGCGAACGACAUGUGGCUUGGCCGGUGGGGCCCACUCUUCCGCGAUGCAGACGUGUGUCCGUUGUCUCACCAGAUGCUCUUGGCCCUCGCGCGCGUGGUCUCCACCGAAAUUGUGCUGCGCCCGGAUGGGGGCAAGAACAAGACUUCCGACAGCACAGCGACCUGGGGCUUCCUCUUCCACCAGAGCGGCGUCGUCGGCACGGCGGUACCUUUCCAGAACGCCGACUGUAAAUGGGCACUUGAGCAUUGGCCAGAUAAGAAGCUCCACGACUCAUUCGCCGUCGCCUUCGUCGCAAGUGCGGCCCAGGAAGUGCGAAGCUCAUGGCCUGGCAAGCUCGGGAACCGGCGAGAGCAGGCCCGGAAGUGCGUCUCCAGGAUUGCUAAGCUCAUGGCGGACAGGCGCACGUUCGAUGCUCAGGCAGAUGCCUUGGCCAAUGCAAACAUUGUCUACUCGACAAGGACAUGUGACAAAGAUCUGGUUGCAUCCUGGGUCCCCGAUCCACAAGUGCCCGUUGUCCCGCCCGUCAUCCUGGAUGCCGUCGUCGGAGUUCCGCUGGAGGAUUCGCCUGGGCAGGUCGUGGCCGAGGGGCCCGCCGACGCCGCGGCUGCGGGAGAGGAUGACCGAAUGGACGCAGACAUUGCCGCUGCGCGGGAGGCUCGCUACAUCGCGGCUUUCGAACAGCAGACGACGGACUUCAACCGCGACAAAAACGGCGGCUCCAUGCAGAUCACGGCGCUGAUGCAACAGCUCGAGGAGCUUGAUCAUGCAGCGCAGCGCUCCGUGGCCGCCGAGGUCGAGCCCGCGCUGGAGGGUGGCGUGGACUGCGGCGGCGAAGGAGGGGGCCUGGUCGACCGCGAGGGCCGCGAGCGCAUCCUAGACAUGCCGACAGGUCCGAAGCACUUGUGA